CGUUUACCGCGUUCAAAUCUCCGAGAGUUGAUAUCUCCGCUGGAAACAGAUUUCCGUCAGUUAAAGUCGGGAGCUUCAAGGAGUCGGAUAUCGCCGGGAAUGAAAUAAUCUAAACGGAAUCAAGGCUUAAAUAUAUCUAGCUCCAAGUUAUCUCAGUUCCUCAGAUCAUUUCAACUCUACAUGAUUUUACUCAGGUGUUGAUGAUACCAGAAGGAGGACGGACAAGGAUGAAAAUAUUAAUUUCUAUUUUUUACGCCUCAGUGAUUACAUAUUCACAAGCUCAGGGUGCUCCUGAGAAGAAGGUUGAAUAUGGUGGAUGGAAACCAAUUGACGGAUUAGCACUUUGGCCGGUCAACUCAGGUUAUCCUGCCCCCGUAGCUGCGCGCCGGCUCGGUAGGCUGGUCAGCUCAGAGAACGAAACUAAGUCAUCUCGUACGAUUGACUCAGUUAAUUCCAAGGAUGUAUCGGAAACCCCUAAAGCAGAUGAUAGAGUGGAUGACUAUGCGGAUGAGUAUUCUGGGGAUGAUGCCCCAGAAGAAUAUCAAGAGUUCGGAGCAAAGUUUAAAGUGUGGAAGAAUGAGAGUGCUGAAGAAACUAAAGGAUAUUUAUCAGUUCUCCGACCUACUCGAGACUCCGGAUACGGAGCCCCUCCUCCGGAGGAGAACUGCUACGUAGAGACUCCGUGUACCAGGAGCUGCGGAGAUGGGUUUAAGCUUCUCCUUCCUAACCCUGAUGCUCUAACCUGCUACGGAGCUGCUCUGCAGGUCUUUCCGUGUAAUGAUGGUCCUUGCCCGGUCCACUGUACCUGGGGACACUGGACCCCUUGGUCAACCUGUCAACUCAGGCAGGGUAGGUCCAGGGUCCGGAGGGAUGGACCUGGAGGUCACGGACAUCAUCAUCCUCAUGGACAUGAUCAUGCUCCUCAUGCUCAUGAUCAGCCUCAGCUUUCCAACCAAUUCAUUAGUCUAUUAGGUCAUCAACAAGCUCCUGCUGUUCCACCCCCCUUCAGCUCCUCACCCCUUGCACCAGCUUCAGGGGGGUAUAAUCCACCAGUUCCUAGCGCAGGAGGAUAUGGUGCACCAAUUCCUGAGUAUGGUGCACCUCCACCACUGCCGAUCUAUGGUGCAGAUUCUGGGUUCCCGGUGUGUACUCAAGAUCGAACUCGGUACAAGCAACGUCCAGCGUUGAAUGGCGGAGAUGAAUGCUGGGGGGAGGCGGCGGAGGAAAGAUUUUGUCAAUCUCAACAAUGUCAAGGACCUCCUGGUCCACCUGGACUACCCGGGAACGAUGGACAACCAGGCAGGAACGGAUCCCCUGGAACACCUGGAACUCCAGGUAUAAGAGGACCACCUGGAAAUGAUGGAUCUCCGGGUAAUCCAGGAUAUCCAGGAAAAGACGGCAAGGACGGUCUUCCAGGGAACCCUGGACCACAGGGUCCUGCGGGUAAGGACGGGAAGAACGGACAGCCAGGACAACAAGGACUACCUGGACCACAAGGUCCUCCUGGAGCUGCUGGUCCUAGAGGACGGUUUGGCGACAAGGGUCCACCGGGACCCACAGGACCAGUAGGACAAACUGGACCUCAAGGUAAGGAUGGCAGCAAUGGUGCUCCUGGACCAGCUGGACCUCCAGGACUAGACGGAGCUCCAGGAGUUGUUGGACCUAUGGGACCUGUAGGACCUCAAGGGGUCCAAGGAGAGACUGGCGCACCGGGACCUAGAGGACUUCCAGGACCUAAAGGAGAGGCAAUAGAGGCUCCUGCGAGCUAUGGAGCUCCGGAACUCCCAGUUUAUGAGCCUGCACCUCCAGUUUAUGUGCAACCUAUUCAAAACAACUAUGGACCACCCCAACUUAAUCAGCAACAGCAUCAUCCACAACAACAACAUCAUUUACAGCAACAGCAUCACUCACAUCAA